GAGGUCUAGGGGAUUUGAACAAGGAGGUUCAAGUGGAUUUGGGCAAGGAGGUCCAAGUGGAUUUGGACAAGGAGGUUCAAGCGGAUUUGGACAAGGAAGUCCAAGCGGAUUUAGGCAAGGAGGUCCAAGUGGAUUUGGACAAGGAGGUCCAAGCAGAUUUGGGCAAGAAGGUCCAAGCGAAUUUGGGCAAGGAGGUCUAAGCGUAUUUGGCCAAGGAGGACCAAGAGGAUUUGGGCAAGGUGGUCCAAGCGGAUUUAGGCAAGGAGGUCCAAGCGGAUUUGGACAAGGAGGUCCAAGCAGAUUAGGGCAAGAAGGUCGAAGCGAAUUUGGACAAGGAGGGCCAAGUGGAUUUGGGCAAGAAGGUCCAAGCGAAUUUGGACAAGGAGGACCAAGUGGAUUUGGGCAAGGAGGUCCAAGCGGAUUUGGGCAAGGAGGUCCAAGUGGAUUUGGGCAAGGAGGUCCAAGCGGAUUUGGGCAAGGAGGUCCAAGCGGAUUUGGGCCAGGUGUUCCAAGUGAGUUUGGACAAGGCAGAUUUAGCCAGGGUGGAUUUGGACAGAGUCAUCCAGGCAGAUUCGAGCAAGGUGGUCCAGACGGAUUAGGACAAGUUGUUCCAGGCGCAACUAGGGAAGGUGUUCCAGACGGAUCUGGACAAGGUGGUACAGGCGGAUUUUGGCAAGAUGGCCAUGAGGGCCGUGAUGGAUAUGAGUCAAGCAGUUUAGAUGAACAUAAUUGA